UCACACUCGAGGCAGAUCGAUCGGCGUAUGGAGAUUGAAGAGGAAGUCGCAGAGACGGUGGAGGAGUCGCAGGUCUAUAUGGCUUGCGUCGUACAUGGACGUCGAGUUGGAGUGGCAUAUUAUGAUUCAUGCACAAACCAACUUUUUGUUGUUGAGUUCUGGGAAGAUGGGAGUGGAGAUUUUCCUCUGGUUGACCUAGUGAAGUAUCAGGCAAAACCGUUGGUCAUAUAUGCAAGUACUAAGACGGAUGAACCAUUCUUUGGUGCUUUACAAAGAACUGUUUCUAACUUAACCUUUGAGGUGAAGCUUGUACGAAGUUCAAUUUUUAGCUAUGAGCAAGCAUGGCACAGAUUGGUUUAUCUGAGAGUUGCUGGCAUGGAUGAUGGCCUUAGCAUCAAAGAAAGAAUAUGCUUUCUUAACUCCAUGAUGGACCUUGGGAGUGAGGUUCAAGUUCGUGCUGGUGGGGGUCUUCUUGCCAUACUAGAGAAUGAGAGGCUUGUAGAUACAUUUCAGCAGAAUGAAUGUGGUUACUCAUCAAUAAUUAUUGAUUGUGUGUCUCAAAUCUCAUUUUAUCCUUCUUAUUUAAGAUUUACAUUAAACAAAUUUCUCAAACUUGAUGCAGCUGCUCAUGAUGCAUUGCAAAUUUUUCAAAUUGACAAGCACCCAAGUCACAUGGGAAUCGGUAGAGCAAAGGAAGGGUUUUCAGUUUUCGGAAUGUUUAAUAAGUGUGUUACACCAAUGGGAAGGCGUCUUUUGAGGGCAUGGUUCUUGAGGCCUAUUCUUGACCUUGACAUUUUGAACAAUCGCCUGGAUACAAUAUCAUUUUUUCUUUGCUGCGAGGAAGUGAUGUCUGCAUUGCAUGAGACACUGAAGACUGUAAGAGAUGUUCCCCACAUGCUUAAGAAAUUCAACUCACCUAGCUCUUCAUUCACAACCACUGACUGGAAUGCAUUUUUAAAGAGCAUUUGUUCUCUGUUGCACAUAAACAAGAUUUUUGAAGUAGGUAUUUCUGAGUAUCUUCAGGAGAAAUUGACAUACUUGAAAAUAGAUUUAAUGGAUAAGGCAAGCUCUUGCAUUACACUGGAACUGGUUUACGUCUAUGAUCUGAUAAUGGGUGUUAUUGAUGUUAAGCGCUGCAAGAAGGGAUAUGAGACACUAGUGAAGGAAGGACUUUGCGACGAAUUGGAUGAGCUGAGAACGGUUUAUGAGGGCCUACCUGAUUUCCUGGAGCAAGUAUCAGCAUAUGAGAGUGCUUCCCUUCCAGUUCAGUAUGGGUGGAAAAAGGAUCCCUGUAUAAUCUAUGUGCAUCAAAUAGGAUAUUUGAUGUGCAUUUUUGAUGAGAAGCUUAGCGAUGAAACAUUGGGUAAACUCGAAGGUUUUGAAUUUGCUUUUUCUGAAGAUGGAGACAUCAAGAAGUUCUUUUAUCAUACACCAAAGACUAAAGAAUUGGACAACCUUCUUGGUGAUAUUUUUCAUAAAAUUCUCGAUAUGGAGAGAGCAAUUAUUAGGGAUUUGAUAUCUCGAUUACUUAAUUUUGUUCCCCAGCUAAUCAAGGCAGUGGGCUUUGCAGCAGAGCUUGAUUGCAUUUUGUCGUUGGCAAUGAUUGCUCGUCAAAACAAUUAUGUGCGCCCCAUCUUGACCCAGGAUACGAUUCUUGACAUAAGGAAUGGCAGGCAUGUUUUACAGGAGAUGACUGUUGAUACCUUUGUCCCAAAUGACACAAGAAUACUUAAUGAGGGGAGAAUAAAUAUCAUAACUGGUCCUAAUUAUUCAGGAAAAAGCAUUUAUGUCAAGCAGGUGGCGUUAUUGGUUUUCCUUUCUCACAUUGGAAGUUUUGUGCCAGCUGAUUCUGCAACUAUUGGGAUUACUGAUAGAAUCUUUUGUGCUAUGGGAAACAAGCCUAUGACUCCUGAGCAAUCAACGUUCAUGAUUGACCUCCAUCAAGUGGGGAUGAUGCUUAGACAAGCAACAUCUCACUCCUUAUGUUUAAUGGAUGAAUUUGGCAAGGGCACUCUCACAGAAGAUGGAAUUGGGUUGCUUGCAGCAGCUAUUCAUCAUUUUGUGGACUAUGAGAACCCACCGAAGGUUCUCUUAUGUACACAUUUGACAGAGAUGUUUGACAAGAGUUGCUUACCCAAGUCUGAAAAUAUUAAAUUCUACACAAUGAGUGUAUUACGACCUGAUAGCAACUGUAGCUGUACAAGCACUGAAGACAUCAUUUUCCUGUACAGGCUUAUACCUGGACAAGCACCAUUAAGCUAUGGACUACACUGUGCAAGUCUUGCAGGAAUACCUGACGAGGUGGUACAAAGAGCAGCUGAUAUUCUAGAGAUGGUCAAGUAUAAAAGGCCAAUUGAUCGUUUUGUGAAUCAGAGAUUAUCAGCUACAGACCAGCAAUACAAGGAUGCGGUGGCGAAGAUGCUGGCUUUCGAUGCUCACAGAGGUGAUCUAAAUGCAUUUUUUGAUGAUAUAUUUCCUUUGGAGUGCAGCAUUUCUGUGGAUGCAUGUAAGUAUUCUUAGCGUAAAUAUAUCUUAUGUCAUCACGUAUUCUUUCCAUAUGUGAGUUCUUUGACAUCAGCAGCAGCAAACUUAUUGCUAUAGUCUAAAGUCUUAUAACAAAAAGAGGACGCAUUGAUCUCUAAUAUCUACAGCGGAUUGCACAGCAUCUCAAAGUGCGGGCACAGCUUUAAUGGGUUAAAAUUUUGCAUCAGUAUUGUCACUUCAUCACCCCUAUAGUUCGUUCCUGUGCACAAUCUUUAUGACAUCGUAAAUUAAUGCUA